AUGGAAAUUGCUUUUGACCUAUCCACCAUUUUCACGGAUAAUAUCCAACGUUUGGAUAGAGCUGAUUUGCUGAAAUACAGUCCCAAACGUCAUUGGGCAGUGGCUAAGAGCAUCGACAGUUUGGGAGAAAUGUCUUCGAAGUUCCACGGAUGGAAACGUAUCAUCACAAUGUAUGAAAAAAUCGUUGACCACGAUGAGGAUCAAAUUGUGUACAUCAUGUGGGAAAAAGUCAAUGGAAGCAAAAGUGUUUUGAAAGGACUUCUUCGAGUUGGAUACAAAACUCUAUACCUGACAGAUAAUGACCAGAAUCAGUACAUGGAGAAGGCGAUGUGCAUUUUGGACUUUUUUAUAGUUCAAUCAGAACAACGGGCUGGAAAUGGAUUUAAAAUGUUUGAAGCAAUGUUAAAAGCAGAAAAUGUAACUGCUGAUCAGUGUGCGUUUGAUAAACCAUCUGUUGCUUUCCGUCAGUUUCUUGAAAAGUAUUACGACCAGAAAGAUCCAGUUAUGCAAUCAAACAAAUAUGCAGUAUUCCCAAGCUUUUUCAUUGGACGUCAUCCAACAGUUCCAUUCACUCCUCGUCAAACAAAACGUGCUUCACGUGCUAGUUCCGCAGUUUCCAGUCAUACUCCAAGCAGAAAUACAUCACCAAUUGGGCGUAAUCGUCCGCGUCAUGACUCUGUUGCCGACCUUAUGCGCCAAGAAACAAACUUUGCUAGAGGAAGAACUCCGGUGGAUCCAAAUAGCCCAACUGGUGUGAGAUUCUAUAGAGAUCAAAAACAUCAACAGAUAUGGUGA